CACUGAUCAAAAGAAAUGGAGCCACCUCGUAGCAACCAGGCAGGGGCACAAGGUCCACUUUUUGGAAAAGAGGUCAAGCAGGUCAAAAGAGAGCGUCGAAGAAUGGCGGAAAGGGACUUAUCUCCGCUAUCUCUUCAAAUUGUGAGGGGCCUUAAUGACAAACUUUACGAAAAAAGGAAGACUGCUGCAUUGGAAAUAGAGCGUAUGGUCAGAGAAUUUUCAAGUAACAAUGAUGUGAAACAGACAAGAAAACUAGUCCAAAUUCUAACUCAAGAAUUUGCCAAUUCCCAAAAUCCUCAUAGCCGAAAAGGAGGCCUGAUAGGUUUAGCAGCUACAGCAAUAGCAUUGGGAAAGGAUGCAAGUAUAUACCUGUCACUUCUCGUCCCACCAGUUCUGUCUUGCUUCUUUGAUCAAGACAGCAGAGUCCGCUACUAUGCUUGUGAAGCCUUGUAUAAUAUUGCUAAAGUAGCAAGAGAGACCAUCUUGCCAUUUUUCAAUGAUAUUUUUGAUGGCUUAAGUAAGUUAGCUGCUGAUCCUGAUCCAAAUGUAAAAAAUGGUGCAGAGCUUCUUGACAGAUUAAUCAAGGAUGUUGUCACUGAGAGUGGUGAUUUUGAUUUGGUUUCAUUCAUGCCACUGCUUAGGGAAAGGAUUUACACUACGAACCCCCAUGCCAAACAGUUUCUAGUUUCUUGGCUCUCUGCACUUGAUGCUGUACCAGAGCUUGACUUGCUUGCUCAUCUCCCUGAAUUCUUAGAUGGUCUUUUCAGUAUAUUUAGAGAUAACAAUGGCGAAAUAAGGAAAAUGUGCGAAUUUAUCCUUGGAGAGUUCUUAAAAGAUAUAAAAAAGAACCAUUCAAAUGUAAAUUUUGCCAACAUGGUCAAUAUUUUAGUCUUACACUCACAAUCUGAAGACGAAGUCAUCCAGUUCACAGCCAUUACUUGGAUACGCGAGUUCGUUGCGUUGUCUGGUCGGACAAUGCUCGCCUUCAGCGCGAACAUUCUGACUGCUGUUCUUCCGUGUGUGUCUUAUGACCAGAGCAAACAACAUAUUCGUGAAGUUGCCAAAGCUGUUAACCAAGGCUUAAUGCGUCUAAUUACCACUGAGGAUGAUAACGAGGUUGCAAAGAAAGAUAAUCCGGGAAAGUCCAGUGUACAGCUAGAGCUUGGGCCAUUUGUAGAAGUUCUAACUAAACAGCUCUCGAAUAAAGCUAUUCAAACAAGAGUGGCUGUUUUGCGUUGGGUUCUUCAGUUACAUAUGAAAGUCCCAAACAAGCUAUUCAAGCAUAUCGAGAUGCUGUUUCCGGCUCUGCUGAAGACACUUUCAGAUCCCUCUGAUGAGGUUGUGCUACUGGACCUCGAGGUUUUAUCAGACAUUUCUGCAUCGACGGCUGGGGCCCCGCGGCACCAUUCUCUGGCUGCCUAUGAGUCAAGUGAUGGCCAUGAAACUCAGCACGAAAAAUUACUGAAUACCUACUUCACAAAGUUUAUGAUGAAUUUGAUGAACAUGUUUAGUACUGAUCGGAAACUACUCGAUGACCGUGGGUCUUUUAUCAUCAGGCACCUCUGCUUGCUGCUCAAUGCAACUGACAUUUACUGCGCCCUAUCAGAAAUUCUCCAGCAGGAGGAAGACUUGCAGUUUGCCUCACUGAUGGUAAACAAUUUGAAUAUGAUCUUGCUCACAUCAAGUGAGCUGUUUGAACUUCGCCAGAAGCUAAAAGAUCUUGCUAACGAGGAAAGCUGCGUCUUAUUUUCUUGCUUGUACCGUUGUUGGUGUCAUAACCCAGUAGCGACAUUUUCGCUCUGCUUGUUAGCACAAACCUACAAGCAUGCUUGCGAUCUAAUCUUGAAAUUUGGAAAUAUUGAAGUGAAUGCAGAGUUCCUUACACAGAUCGAUACAUUAGUUCAACUUUUAGAAUCUCCUAUUUUCACAUAUCUUAGACUUCAACUGUUGGAUACCGAGAGAAAUUACUACUUACUAAAAGCACUUUACGGACUGUUGAUGCUGCUGCCACAAAGCUCCGCUUUUGCACUACUUCGCAAUAGAUUAGAUUGUGUUCCAAACGUUCACAUAUUGCCUGCAGUAAAACAAAGUGGAUUUCAUAUUGGGAAAGAGGAACAUGAACUUAGAAAACCAGUCAAGAAAAUAGAUUUCAAGGAACUCUUAGAACAUUUUCAAAAUAUCCAGCACAAACACGCGGUAUCAAAGAAAACAAGGUCGGCUCACCGAGAAAAACUGUUUAGAAAUGGAGUCUUAUAGGUAGGUAAAAUGUGAAUUGAUUUAUAUUGUUUAUACUUAUGACGGUUCAAGCUAAGAAGCAUUCACUUUUAAGUGGCGGUUUUGUCACCGAACGAAAAAUUUCAAAAGUGGAAACUGAUGCUUUUCAAUCUUGAAAUCUAUCCAUUACAACGUUUUUGAGAUCGUUAACAUAUUUCUAGAUUAUAUAGCAAUUUUAAACGUUCUAGUAGAUGUUAAUUUUGCUUAGCUACGGAGUUAAUGAAUGGAGGAGACAAGUAAAAAAAAAUCGUUAGUUGGAGAUCUUAAAUAGACAGUUCAUUUCAAUUUAUGUAUUUUUUGUAAAGGGGAUCGUGGUGAGUAGUCAAAUCAUUUGGAAUUUCUUUAUUUUCUUAAAACUUCCAUAUGCACAAUUUGCUGGCUUGUUAACAGCUAUAUGGCUUUUUAUAUAAAAAAGACAAGAAAGAGUCUGAGGGAUAUGUUAGAUUUCCCCCGAUUUUUUACUGUACUGCAGUUUUCAGUUUUUCGGUCAUGAUCCAUAAAUGGAGCAUUAUUUGAAAACUUAUAACACAAACCUGAAAUAUUUUUUUACAUAUUGAAAUGAUGAGAUGUUAGUCCUAACCAGCAUUGUUUGACACUUUUUUCGAAAUUUUAAUAAUCUCUUUAAAACCAGCCUUGUGAUGAUAACUUUUUAUCAACAAUUCUUCAUCUAAUGCAAAUGCCAUUUAAAAAAUAUAUUAUAUUUUUUAUUUAAUUCUAAAUUUUAACUAAGAUGACGUGUUUCAAAACUGUUGAUGAGCGUUCUCUAAAGAAAUUGUAUUUUUAUGCUACAGGCAAACUUUGUCCUCCUUCAUUUCAAAUUGCUACUUUUAAUUUUCUCACUUAACCUUUUUUAAUUUGAUCAGCAAUUUAAGAAAAGAUAUCCCAUAUUUUAUGAUAUUUCCGCCAUAUUUAUUUUCAAAACAGUUGACCACUGAAAUUAGUUCAAAUUUGCCAGAGCUGUCAAAUGUCAGUAAUUGUUUUAUAGUUAAAUUCUAACUUAAUUUCUAUGAAAUAUGUCGAUUAUUUAAUUUUGUACGCUAAUUUUAAUAACAGUUUCUUUGACAAUCUUGUACUGUGGGUAGAUUUUAAUUUGUAAAUUUGUAAAAGUCACCUUGUUUUACAAGUCGAAGGUGAAGUUGUUUUUUUAUAGAAACCUUUGAUUUGAAAUUAUAUUUACUUUUUGCAUUAAUCCAUCCUAUAAUCAUAUUUCAAAUAUUAACUGAUCAUAAUACUUGUAGAAUCUGAAAAAGGCUCAAGAUAUUUGUAACUCUAGAGCUGAUAAAUCAAAGUUUCAUUUAUCCAUAAAAAGGAGUAAUAUUUCAUUAGCGCUUUUUUCUGAUGUUUUUAGGUGAGGUAUAUUUUCAGCGUUUAUAAAAGCUCAGAUUUGAAAUUUUUAUCAGACAGCACAUUACCUUUUUUGAUGAGAUCAGAUAUAGUCACCUUAAUAGUUGGCCUUAAUUAGCUUCUUUAUAGCUAUCAGACGUUCAUUUAGUACGCCAACUUUAAACAAAUUAUUUAUUAUUACUAUUAUAUACAUUUAUAUAUAUAUAUAUAUAUAUAUUAUAGUUUUUGGAACUUUGAUUUAUCAAUUUGCAGUUCAUUUUUUGAGACUUUUCCAUAUAACAUUAUUCUAGCUUUUUUGCUAAUCUAUGACUCUGAAAGUAUCUGCCUAAGUUGGUUUGUGAACGAUCUUCAUAUUAAAGCAUUGAUUAAAACCAUCUGAUUAAUUUAUGAAAGAUCUAGAGAAUAAUUUAUAAUUUUCGUAUCAUAAAUAUUUGUCCAUCAUUCUGGAAAACUGGCCUUUUUUUAUUUUCGCCAGAUUACUCUCCAGGUACAAGUAUGAAGGAAAAUGUUUUAACCUUGUUUACAGUCUAUUUGCACAGGAUCAUGGGAAUGUAAUAGGGGAGCAAGUUACUUUUUAUUGUUUAGAAGGCUAUUUUGGCUCUAUCAACAAAUUUGUACUUAACAGUCGUAAUGCAGCUUUUUAAUUUGAAGGUUAUCUUUGUUUCAGACAGAGUAUUGAUUUUAUACCUUUCUGUUGAUUAAGUCAGUAUUAUUUAGGCCGUUUUUUGUUCAUUCAAAAGUUAUUUACAUUGA